AUGAACGGGUCUGGAAUCUUCUUUUGUCUUAGGCUCCAAGCCAUUGCCAAACCUAUAAAUACACGCAUUCUUUUCUUCUCUUCUUCCUAUUCAAUUCAUAUUUAUCUUCUUUCGUUCUUUCACACAACUCAGAAUCCUAAUCAAUCCAUGGCAUCAGGUGCAACAGAAGCUUUUCCAGAUUUGGGUAAACACUGCCAGCACCUCCAUUGUAACCAACUCGAUUUCCUUCCUUUCACCUGCGACGGUUGCAAGCAGGUGUUUUGUUUGGAACACAGAUCCUACAAGUCACACGCGUGCCCAAAAUCCGACCACAACAGCAGAAAAGUGAUUGUCUGUGAAACAUGUUCCAUGUCCAUCGAGACAACCGGCCACGUGGGACAAGACGAGGAAGCAAUCUUGGAGAGGCAUCACAACUCUGGAAACUGUGACCCCAACAAGAAGAAGAAACCCCUUUGCCCCGUAAAGCGAUGCAAGGAGGUUUUAUCGUUUUCUAAUACCAGUACUUGUAAAACUUGCCAUGUGAAGGUGUGCCUCAAGCACCGUUUCCCUAGUGAUCAUUCUUGUAGCAGAGGAGCUUCAGCUUCCUCUUCUUCUGCUGUUGCUAAUGGGCGGUGGAAUAAUCGGUUCUUGGCCUCUUUGGCUUCAAGGAGAGGACAAGACUGUGCUAAGAAUGCACCUCGUUCUACUUCUCCUCCUAGUACUCCGUCUGUUAAGGCCUAUUGAUUGCUAUUUGCUUAAUGGGUGGGUAUCCAUGUUCUUCAGUGGUUUGGGGGCAAUGAAUGAUGGUACUAAUUUGAUGUGCAAUUUGAAUGUUGAAAUUUACAUUGCAUUCAUGAAGUACGAUGUUCGAAUGUUGGGAUCUGUUUUUUUUAUUAGAACAUGUGUCGUAGCUCACAUCAAUGUUCCCAUGUAAAAAAAUACCCGUUUAUAGACACAAAUACUGAUUAAGAUUUCCUUGCCAUGCAAACUCUUGGGUGUUCUCAAUCUUUCUUUAUGGUUUAGUUUCUUUACGUAAAACUUGGUUUUCUUGAUCAUUUAGUGGUGAAACUAGUUAAAAACACAUCUGAAUUUUUUGGCAUCAGCGGCCAAAAAAUGGAAUGAUGUUGAGUGAGACUUGUAAUACAGCAUAGGAUAGGAACACGAUAACAAAAAUCAGAUGUUAUUUUCGGUAAAUACAAAUAUAUUACCUACGUAUCGUUACACCUUUCUUUUACUUGUAUUCCCAAAGAUACAGCCUAGAACAACUAACAAGCAACUUGAUACACAGUAACCUAUGUGUUACAUAUUGGCUGUUGCUUCUUUAAUUUCAUCCAAGGUGAUGGCCUGCAAGUCAAGAAAAUGUUGCAUUUAAUUCAAGAUGAGGUAGUAUUAUAUUGUGAUCAAAAUAUGCAUGUUAAACGGAGCGAAACCAUAGCAUGCAAUUGAAUUAAAAAAUUACCUGUUCCUUGCCAGCAAAAUCGUUAUCAGGAGUGAGAAAUAGCAUGCAGUGGCAUUCCUUCCUACCAAACAAAAUCACGAGGAGUUGAAGUUUAAAAAAAUGUUUUUUUCUCAUCCACAUUUCUUGGUAAAACAAAAACAAAAUGUAUAGUAUAACUCAUUAACAGUCAAAGUUACACCGCCUCUGACAAAAAUAUGCACUAAGAAAGGCAGUUAGAUUUCAAACCUGAUAACAAUGUCUCCACAACAGUUUUUGGCCCAUUUUAUUAUGAACUACUUCUUGAAUAAAUGGGUAUUAAGAAGUUAAAUAAGAUGUACGUCUAUAAUGUUCAAUGUGAUAAAGUCAUUUUAUGCAUAAAUAUACAAUCGUAAUUCU